UAGAAGUAAUUAAUCGGAAUAUUAGUGAAUUAAUUUUUUUCUGCCACCACGGCUAACGAACGAUUCACGAAAUGAGAAAACAGAAAAAUGCCAUCUCAGAGAAGAGAGCGAUUACCUGGAAAAAGCAAUUUGACUAUUUGUUCAGCUUACUGGGACUCAUGAUUGGGCUUGGAAAUGUAUGGAGAUUCCCAUAUCUGUGCUACAAGAAUGGUGGAGGUGCAUUUUUGAUCGCAUACUGGGCGUGUGUUUUUGUUAUAAUUUUUCCUCUGAUUACUAUGGAAUCUGCUCUAGGACAGUUAACUGGUCAGAGCUCUUUUAAAGCCUGGAAUAUUGUUCCACUAACAAAAGGUAUUGGAUAUGCUGUGCUGUUUCUCAUGUUCUACUACAAUCUAUAUUACCCAGUUCUUUUGGCAUGGUCUCUGCGAUGGUUCGUCGCUAGUUUUUCUGCUUCCAAACCAUGGACAACAUGUAAUAAUGAAUGGAACUCGUUCAAUUGUCUGCCUUUGUCCGAGAUUGCAAUUGACUUCAAUGGAAAUUCCACUGACCAGAUUUCAACCAACACAAGCUCUGACGUUGUUUACCACAACUUGACAUACGUUUCAUCUGUAGAAGAAUUUUGGGAAAACCAUAUUCUUGAUACAACAGCCGACAUUAAUGAGCUUGGAGGAAUAAAAAUGGAAUUACUCAUUUGUUUUACUGUAAUUUGGAUUGGGACGUAUUUUGCUAUUUGGAAAGGAAUAGAGUGGACAAGCAAGAUUGUUUACGUUACGGCAACUUUGCCUUUGGUUAUGAUGACCAUAGUGUGUAUACGCGGCGUAACUUUGGAAGGAGCGCUGGACGGAUUGGAAGUUUAUCUCAAACCAGAUUUCGUCAGCUUAAAAAGGAUGGAGCUCUGGUCGGACGCAGCUUCGCAAGUUCUAUAUUCUCUUGGAACGUGUACUGGAGGACUUACAGCUCUCAGCGCUUACAACAAGUACAAUCAUAACUUUUUCAGAGACUCUAUAAUACUGACGGCGGCAAAUGCAGGAGCAAGUUUUAUUUCAGGACUCGCCAUAUUUUCCGUACUAGGAUUUUUGGCUCACACAAAGAACACGACCGUCACUGAAGUUGCAGCUUCAGGACCGGGGUUAGUAUUUGUUGCAUAUCCAACAGCUCUCUCUUUGCUACCCCUGCCUCAAUUUUGGAUUGCUCUAUUUUUUCUUGCAUUGAUAUUCUUGGGAUAUGAUAGUAUGUUCGUAUAUCAAGAAACAUUCAUGGCGUGUUUGAGAGACAUUUCCCCAAAAUUGUUCAAAAAGAAAUAUUCGAAUGAGGUUCUAAUCGCAAUCGUAGUCGUUAUAAUGUAUCUUGCUGGACUGCCUAUGACAACACGGGGAGGAAAAUAUGUUUUGAACAUAUUCAACUCGUACUCGGUUAGUGGAUGGUGCUUGUAUUUCAUGGCAUUCACUGAGAUGAUCACUAUCGGUUGGCUAUAUGGAGGAGACAAAAUGCUUGAUGAUAUAAAUCUCAUGAUCGGAUAUAACGUGCCUCGACUGUGGAUGAAAAUUUCUUGGAAAUACAUCGGACCAAUUGCAAGUUUGAUAUUGAUGAUCAAUUCUCUGGUAUCAUACCAACCUCUCAAAUACGACCAAAACUAUGUAUAUCCGGUUUGGACAAACGUAUUGGGAUGGAUGACUGCACUCAAUUCCAUAUUGUGCGUUCCGAUUCUGGCUAUUUUGAUGCUCUGGAAAGCAAAAGGAGACUCUUUGCUGGAUAAACUUCGUUCGACUAUUGUGCCAAAGCAAUUUCAUAGCAGACGACCGGUUUCCAUCGACGAAGAACCUGAACAGAAAGAAUCUCUCAAUUUCUCUUGUCAGAAAAACGAUGGGAAUGUUUGAGUUGUAUUUAAUGACUCAUUUAUUUACGUAUAAUAAUUCAAUAUUACCUCUCUUUAAAUUUGAGCAUACCGAUUAUAUAUAUAUCAAUGUAAUAUAGCGUAACUUUAUCCGUGAAUGGUGUUAAUAAACCCUCUUUAGGUUAGAAAAUUUUCCUGGAUAAGUCCUGGUUUACCCGCUCCACUCUGAGCUGACUCCAGCUUCGACUCUUGGUUUACUAAAAUUUGAACUUCGAUUCCCGACUCCAAGUUGAAGGAAUUUUCGAUUCCAAAUCCAAUAUCCAUGAAAACGUGUAGAGCUACCCUUUUUUUAUGUUGUACGUACAAUUGGCUGUUCUAGAAGCGGAUUAACAAUUAGUAAUUUUUAAUGCCCGCUGUUUCAGGCAAGAGUCCAUGGUUCGCAUACUGGAUUGGACCAUUUCAUUUUUUUCAAAAAUUCAUUCUCGCAUCUCAACCGAAUGUUUUACUAUAGUGAUACACAUGUACAGCCAAUAAACUAAAUAUAAUGCUGGCUAGCAUGCAUAUACAGCCAACCCAACAUGCACAUACAGCCAUUUAAGUGCUGUACCCAACAAUUAAUCAAUUAUAUAUAUAUGCAAUCCAUUGCUAUGCCUCAACAUGUUUGGCGUCCAAUGUAGUUGUUGAAUCAUUCUCUGCCUGUCAUCUGACCAUUGGUAGUAAACCAGUGACUGAAUAUUUUAAUAAGUGUUUAUUUCCAGCUACCAAUGCCCACGUUAAAUGUCGUUCCACCGUAUAGCCGGGGUGGUUUUGUUUAGGAUAUUGCUCAGCUCUCUGGCAAAAUGUGUUAUUCAAAGUGGCCCAAGUGGACUAAUAGUUAUUAGUAUGUGAUAAAUUAAUUAAUUUGAUAAAGAUAACCUUCGGUGGCCAAAGUGUAAAGUAGUGUAUUAAAACGUUAUCGAGAUAUCUAAUGUUCGAUGUGUUUCCGGCAUUGCUCAGCGAUCAACUUUACACGUUACAUUCGCGUAACGUUACGUUAUAGAUCCAAGUUAUUCAAGGCGGAAAAGAACGUAACAGCUAAGUUAUUUACAUCUAACAGCUAAUCGCUCUUAUCUUGAAGAAUAAGUGGCGUUGCUUUACCACCGUCUCAGACUUUGCUUUUUAAUCUCAUUCCACGAUUGUUAGAAACAAAUAUGCGACAUGGAUCAAUCAUAUUUUAAAUCUGUUGAUUUUCAUCUUGGAGUUUAUUAACAUCAUUUAGUUAACGUCAUUAUGAAUAGAUCACCUUGUCUACGAACUAAUCUAUAAUAAAUGAUAUUCAUGCUGAUUAGUUUAUUCGCCUGCAAACGCUAAUUAAAUGGAAUGAUUAUUUUUAGCAUUAUACAAGGGAGACGAUAACUUGGGCGACAUGGCGUCAGUUCUCAAUUGAACUGACGUCUGUUUUUCGUUAUUAUUCAAAGUGCUAAU